GUGAUGUAUGAGGCACCACCCCCUGGUGCGAGAUGACUGAAAAUAUAACUGCUCAGCGCGCGCUGCACAGGCACCAUAGUGAGGCCACGGCGAGGUGGACUCCGUCGUUUGUGGGCUGUAGCGUUCAAGAGAAGAAAAGGAAACCAUGUCGUACACUAAGCUUGUAGCAUCUCUUGUUCGGGCACACCCGGGCAAUGUCAGAAAAAUACGCGUUUCACUUGGAAGAUGUCGGUCAACAGUGGCAUCCACCAAGAGCCAAGAAGAGAAAGAUCCAGAGAUAGAUGGGUGCACCGUGGUGGAAGCCGGGCCGCUUGAACUCAUCAGCCAGACCAAAAACGUUAAAAACAUACAGUUAAAUAAAAUCCACAUCGACUUCGACAACACUCAGGAAGCCUACAAAAGCAAGGGAAACAUUGAACUGCUUCGAAGUCUGCUGGUCUUCAAGCUUUGUACAAUUGACAUCCUAGUUGAAAAGAACAAGGAGUUGAUGGAUCUGAGUAGGAAGGUGUUAGGUAAGUGGAUGUUUGAGAAGCUGAUGAAGAUGACCUUCUAUGGUCAGUUUGUGGCAGGGGAAGACCACAACUCCAUCAAACCUUUAAUUCAGAAGAAUCAGGCCUUUGGUGUGGGGGCAGUUUUGGACUAUAGUGUUGAAGAGGACUUGACACAAGAGGAGGCAGAGAACAAGGAAAUGGAUUCAUGUGUUUCUGAAGCAGAGAAAGAAAGUCCAGAUGCUGAUCAUCGUGAGAAGAAGUACAAAGCCCAUCGUCAGUUCGGGGACAGGCGUGGAGGGGUUAUUAGUGCUCGUACUUACUUCUAUGCAGAUGAGUCCAAAUGUGACAACCAAAUGGAGACAUUCAUAAACUGCAUUAGAGCCUCUGGGGGAGCCUCAGCAGAUGGAUUUUCUGCUAUCAAAAUGACUGCUCUCGGACGCCCACAGUUCCUUCUCCAGUUUUCAGAAGUCCUGGUUAAAUGGAGACGGUUCUUUAACUUCCUUGCAGAACAACAGGGGAAAUCUGAAAUGAUGCUUUUGGAACAAAAGCUGGAGCUGCAACAACUCAAGGAAAGUUUGACUAAGAUGGGUAUUGCAGCCAAGGAUGACAUAGAGAAUUGGUUUACUGGAGAAAAGCUGGGUUUGUCAGGAACGAUAGAUCUGCUGGACUGGAACAGUUUAAUUAAGGAUACAACAAAAAUCUCCAGUCUGCUUAUGGUGCCAAACCUUGAGACAGGCCAUCUGGAACCUUUGUUAAACAAGUUUACAGCCGAGGAGGAGAGACAGAUGAAGAGAAUGCUACAGAGAGUGGACGUUCUGGCCAAGCAUGCCAUGGAGAAUGGGGUGAGGCUAAUGGUUGAUGCCGAGCAGACGUACUUCCAACCAGCUAUUAGUCGACUGACUCUGGAAAUGCAGAGGAAAUUUAACAGAGAAAAGCCAAUCAUUUUCAACACUUAUCAGUGUUACCUCAAGGAAGCCUAUGACAAUGUAACUGUGGAUGUUGAGCUGUCACGACGGGAGGGCUGGUACUUUGGUGCCAAGCUGGUGCGCGGAGCCUACAUGUACCAAGAGAGAGACCGGGCCAAAGAGAUUGGCUACGAAGACCCAAUAAACCCAGAUUAUGAGGCCACUAACAGGAUGUAUCACAAGUGUUUGGAGUAUGUGCUGGAGGAGAUCGAACACAACAGGAAAGCAAACAUCAUGGUUGCGACUCACAAUGAGGACACAGUGAAAUUUACCCUAGAAAAGAUGAAUGAGAUGGGCCUCUUACCCACUGAGAAUAAAGUUUAUUUUGGACAACUGCUAGGAAUGUGUGACCAGAUCAGCUUCCCGCUAGGUCAAGCGGGUUUCCCAGUCUACAAGUAUGUUCCAUAUGGCCCAGUCAACGAGGUCAUUCCUUAUCUGUCUCGCCGGGCUCAAGAGAACCGUGGCUUCAUGAAGGGAUCCCAGAGAGAGCGCAGCCUGCUGUGGAGGGAGCUGAAACGCAGGCUGCUUGGUGGACAGAUUUUCUACAAGCCUGUAUACUGAGUAAACAUACUAACUGCAGUGUGUCUGUAAGCAUUCCACCAUCUUUACCUGCUAACUGCUCUUUGUCGAGGAAGAUGCAUGUACCUUGGCUUGUAAGGCUGCACAGUAUGGAGGAAAGAUUUGUAGUUUUACUGAUAGAUGUGUUUUAAAACACCUCCAUAAUGAUUUUGGAGAUUCCUGUGCUGCUCAAAUAGGAACUGAUAGAAUAGAACUGUUUGAUUUUUUCAAUCUAAAUUAGAAUUACUUUUGAAUUUUAACUCAAAAUUUGGUCACAUUUAAAAAAAAUCACAUUUGCUCCUUUUUUUUAAUAGAACUUUAGCAAAUGUUUAUGCAUCAAAACAUAGAACCUUUCUGAUAUACAGCAUGUAAUUAUGCAAUAGAGGCUAAGAAACGUUUAUUGUGUAUGUAUGGUUACCAUAGGUGGCGUACUUGUCCUGUGCUUUUUUAAUGGUAAAAGACACACUGUAUGUUUUGUUCAAUGUAAAGUUUGUCUUAAGUAGCUGUCACUCAAAGUGCCUUAUGAUUGAUUUUACAAACAAACAGCGGCUGUACAACUUGUAAGUUUUGUUUUUAUAAGUGUACACUCCUCUGAGGGCAUUGUAACUUAUUUUAGCAUGUUUGUUGCUAUGCUGUCAUUUUAUUAAUCUACUUGAACAAAUAUUAUUAAGAGAUUAUUAUUGUGCAACAUAGUGAUUUUGAUUACAUAAAAAUGUUAGUAAAUGCAGCAUCAUAAAUCAGAUGAUCCUCUUUUGAUCUUUCAUGAAGCCCGUGCAUUGAUGUUCUUAGAGGAUUCAUAAUAAAAAACUGGUUUUGUCAGUA